AGGACAGGUCUGCGCGUGUAGUUGUCAAGUGUCGCGGCGGCGCACUCACGGCGAGAAUUGGGAGAAGGAGGAGACAGCAAGGAUAGGCCCAGGAGCAAUGGCGUCCAAAGAGGAACAAGCAGUAAAAAAUCUCAACAUGGAAAAUACCGACCAGGAAAAUGAAAAAAAGGAUGAAAAGGAGGAAAUUGCUAAUAAAGGAGAGCCCUUGGCCCUCCCUUUGGACACUGGUGAAUAUUGUAUGCCUAGAGUAAAUCGUAGGUGGUUCUGUGUUAGGCAGCCCAACCAGCAGUAUAGAUGGGACAUGAUUCAGAGGCUUGGAGAGCCACAGGGAAGGAUGAGAGAAGAGAAUAUGAAAAGGAUUGGGGAGGAGAUGAGACAACUCAUGCAAAAGCUGAAGGAAAAGCAAUUCAGUCAUAGUUUGCGGGCAGUUAGCAUUGACCCCCCUCACCAUGAUCAUCGUGAUGAGUUUUGCCUUAUGCCUUGAAUCCUGAUGUUUUCCCUGAAGUUAACAGGGAGACAUCUACUUUCUAAAGUUAAAUGUUCAUGAUAUACGUUUGUUGUAAACCUUUUGAUGUCACUCAUUUCUGGUGUGUCUAUUACUACUUUGAGUUGAAUGUUGUGUUUUUGAUCCAAUCUGUAAGAUUCUGUUAGC